AUGAAAAUGCAACGAAUUUUUUCUCGAAUUGUUGGUCAUCAGAAAAUUGACAUCUCUAUGGUUGUUGACUAUUUCAUAAAUAUUCGUCAGACGUUGGAGGAAGCUUUUUGGAAACAUUAUAAGGAGAUUCAAAAUUUUUUUGGAAAGAAGAAUUUUAUUAAUUAUGCCUAUUGGUUGGGCCAAUUUGUUGGAAAUGUGCUGAAAUGCGCUUUGGAAGAACCAUCCGGCAUUUCUGCGCAUGAUGGUAGGCGCCCGGACGGAUGCACACUAAUACCUUGGAGAGCCGGCAGAUGUUUGGCGUGGGAUGUUACGGUCCCUGGCACCCUCGCCGAACGAUACGUAAACCUUAUAAGUAAAGAAUGCGGGUUGGCCGCGGUCAGGGCAGCGGACGAGAAAAUGAAAAAAUAUGGGAACGCCCUCCCCUCGAUGGAAUUCUUGCCAAUAUGUAUCGAGGUUCUCGGCCCGAUGGACCCCAACACCCUUAAAUUUCUUAAGGCAAUAUGCAAAAUGAUCAGCGUCAGAUCAGGCGCCAGCAGGGAACUGUUUUUCGCAACUAACCACAUUUCGUGCUUGUUGCAGCGGUUCCUGCGUGUCUGUGUGCUUGAAAAUAUCCAACUGAAUGCCGACAUGUGCAAUUAA